CUUUUUGCAACAUUCUUUUAAUUUAAGGAAAAACACAUCUGCUAUCAUGAUAUUACUGUGGAUUUUUGUCAUUAUUUGUAUUUCUUUCAUUCUGUCGCAGACAUUAAAAUACCACUUUUGUAUGAUUGGCUUUUUUCUCUCUGCUCCACAGAAAUGUCUGAGAGUACAAAGCUAUCUCUUUUCUCGAGGAAAUCUCUAGUACUGCCCAAAAGUGGUGCCGCAGAAGCAAGAGAUUUGAUCGUCAAAAAGAUGCCGAUUUUGGAUAAGAUGUGGAAGAUACGUGAAAAUGUAGAGCAAGCGCUCCGAUUAGAUGAUCUUUUGGAAUUUCAAAAUAUUUUAUCCAACGAACAACUCAGCGACUCUAUUCUUUCUGAAUUACUCUUCAACAUUUGUUCGACGGAAAACGUAAAAGAGGAAACCCUUCACCGAUUUGCUGCCGAGAUUCUCGAUCGCCACAACGUGCACCGAAGUAGUGGGCAAAUCGCGACGCACGCAGCAGCCCUGCGAGGCCACUACCGUCUCCUGCAUCUCUUAAUUAAUCACCCUGAGCACCCUGCUGAUGCGACUCUUCUUAACCAAUAUGGCGAAACGAUAAUCCACUGCAUCAUUAUCGGAUUAUUGCAACGCAAAGAAAGCACGUGCAAAGCCUUUUUCAGGAAGAUAUUCAGUAACGGAGACACGAUGGAAGAAAAUGCUCUGAAUAGCGUGCAUAUGCUGAGCGAUAAGAAUUGCGACGUGCACGCUAAAGUUGACUUGUAUGGUACGCCGUAUUCGACCGUUCAUCUGGCAGCCAAAUUUAAACUCUGGAAGCUGGUGGACUUUUUCUUGCUGCAAGGUGUCAAUAUCGAAGCAAAAUUCGACGACAUCACGGCCAGAGAAUUAAUAAAAGCUGCUCACCCUGACUGGGUGAAAAUGUACAAAAGCUGCAGCGAUUACUAUGCCGAAGAUAGUUUAGAUGGCAGAGAAGACUUGGUCUACACCCUGCAGAAACCGUUGCUUAGUGCGGCGGAAAAAACGCAGUUUUUCUCGACCUGGCUGCAGAAGAACUCUUCUAAUCUCAGAGUCAAUGAAUCCUUCAAGGGAAAAUUCACCCUGCUUGAGUGUGCAGUAAAGAACCGCCUGCUAGAUGUGACCCGCUUGCUCAUUUCGAAAGGGGCCGAUCCCAAUCCAGCUCUUUUCGCAGCAAUUGCUGCCGGACCAAAACACUUUGGUCUGCUUACAGAAUCCGAAACUAAAAUUGAUGUAGCCAUGGUCGUCCAAGGUAGUCGCAAACACACCCUUCUCCACAGAGCGAUCGUGUCAACCAAGCCUAACGUGGACGUGGUCAAGUACUUGUUGAAAGAGGGAAAGGAAAGGAUUCCGCACUUUUUCGACUGGAUCAACGCCAAGGACGGUCAGGGCAAAACGGCGCUAAAGCACGCUUCCAAAUACAUGCUGAAUGACAUCGUUGAGGUCCUUCUGUCAUAUGGAGCCAGCGUGUUUAUAGCAAGCAAUGACGGCAGAUCUGCUCUUAGCCACAUGGAACCUGAAUUCUUGGAACAAAAACUCAACAACUAUUUACAAUUGAGCAAAUCACAUAGCGGUAACGUAUGUGUCGAGAUAGAUUUUGCGUUUUUCGACGAUGCACAAAAAGAAUACCGCGCCAGAAAAAAGGGGGGCAUGCUUCCUGACGUAGAGCCAUUGAUCACGGUAGCCAACUCGCAGUACCAAAAGCAUCUACUGCAGCACCCAGUCAUAAAGGCUUUUCUUUAUUUGAAGUGGCGGCGCCUCAGCUGGAUAUAUUGGUGUAAUCUGGCUUCUUAUCUGGUGUAUGCUGCAUCCGUCUACUCUUUGCUAUUCAGCAUUGAUUUCAGGAGAGCCGGCACAAAAGCACCAUCGUCUAAUACGUCUAAUAGCUCGUCAAACAUCCGUCCAGAGAUCAUCAGCCCAUAUAUGCCUAGUUAUUUUUUCGACCUCACAAUCGUAACCUUUGUCUUCACAGUUAUUCUAACUCUCAGGGAACUCAUUCAAUUUUUACUUUUUGCAAGAAGGUACAUUUUCAUAUUAGAUAACUGGCUUGACCUAGUAACUGUCGUAUUGACCUUUUGGUUCACGAUUGCCCCGAACAACAAAGAACUGGCAUCUGUUCUUGCACUCAUUCUGGCUCUGAACGUGAUGAUACUAAUGGGUCACCACCCUCAACUGGCCAUUCCCAUGCGGUUGCUCUAUGAAGUAGCAAAGACAUUUUUCAAGUUUUUCUUUGUUUAUAUGAUAUUAAUCUUAGCCUUCGGUUUCGCCUUCGCAUUCUACGUCACAACAUCCGACUGUCAAAAAGGCAACUGCGAUACGUCCUUUAAUAGAGUUAUCUUCUCCAUUUUCAGGACGCUCACCAUGUUCGCUGGUGGUUUUGAAACUGGCAACCUUCAAUUUGAGCGAGCGUCCUACGCUGGCCGCAUUAUCUACUUCAUCUUUGUAUUUUUGGUACCAAUCGUAGUAGUGAACCUGCUAAGAGCGAUGGCCGUCAGUGACAUGCAGCGUGUGAAGAGUGAAGCGGAAAUAAUUAAUCUGAAAUCGCAGAUCAGAUUCUUCCACGACGUGGAUUCGUAUAUUCUGAAAAACAUUGGCAAGAAUGGCUGGAAUUUCGAAAUCAUUAGACGGUUAUCUAAGUGGAUGUACAAAAAGACAGCGAUACUGAGCAACCUUCAUGCCUGCUUUCAUGGCAACAGAAAAGUAUUGCAGAUUGAUUAUAACGAGUCUAAACUGAACAACCGGUUUGGGGAAAUCGUCAGACAAGCGUUUAUAAUCGCUAAGAAAAACAAAGAACGAGAUGAUAAAGCAAGGCGAGAAGAGAAACUACGUAGCAAGAUUGAAACAAGCACUGCAUCGGUCUUAAAAUAGCUGAUUUAAUUCCUAAGUUGAAUCUCAAAACAGGCCAAUCUCGUGUAUAUUUUUAGAUUUUGUUUAAAUUGGCACCAACAUACUCAUUUAACUUUCAUAGUUAGAUAUAAUUAGAGGAUGUUAGCGCUGGUGAUAACGAUCUAUAUUUUAGAGCCUUUGCGGCACGCGCGCCUCUAACUGGACUGUCGCGUCGUUGUGAGAAAAUGUGUGUGUAUACAACAUAGCAAAAGAGCUUGAGUUUUAAUGGUAAACCUGCUGCUGCUGCACCUGGUGGCAGGCACGUCGGGCACUUCGCGGCCGCACAAGUGUAAUGUUAAGUCAAAAUUAAUUUUCGACUAUUUUUCCCAUCUUAUUGGUUUUCGACUUUUUGAAUCAUGCAUUCUCACUUUCUACUACACUGUUAUUGAUUAUAAUGGUAAAACCUGAUAAUUAUUCAACGCCAAUUUUGUCCGUUUCAUAUAAGGUUAAAUUAAUUACAUGUGAUAUCCCUCCAUCAGAAAUUUGAUGUUUCGUUUUCUUUAAAUUGUCAUAUUUACAUUGAAAUAAAGAUAUAUCCAUUUUGUUUAGAUUUUGGAAACUGUAGGAUGGAUGAAGCACUCAAAAUAAAGAGCUAUAUUUUG